UCACGGCUUUAAUCCUCUUUGCUUCUACCCAGACUACCGAUGUGUAUUUUGAUCAUAGUUGAAAGAUUUUUUUUUACACAAAAAUUGUCGAAUAAUUGGGAAGAAUAGAAUUGAUCAAUUGAUUUGAAAUCUCGCAGCCAAACCUGCACACGAUUAGGCAGACACUCAGUAAAUAUUAUUCAUGAAAAAUACGGUUAAUGGAAGUAGUAAUUUGACAGGUGAAAGCGGUGCUCGCAUUGUUCGUGUUUAUUCUGAUGAAUAAGUAAACAUAUAGUCUCGUGUGAACACGAGUGAAGCUUGUGGUUAAUUAUGUCUGAAAUCAACGUACACCAAGGUGAUCUUUCUCUAAACGAACGAAACAGCAUCACUGGCGACUCCAGCGUACAUAACCUAACAGGGCCGAGAGCGAGGUUUCAACCAGUGCGAAUAAAAGCACUUCUCGAUCUCUUUGAAAGUGAUGACGAUGAUACUGAGCCCCGUGAUUCUGACAACGAUUCAGACAAUGGAAGUCUUCAAGCUUUGCCUGACGACAAUGACAGUGGUGAUGCAGCUGUGGCUGAGGAUGAUAACAAUGCCUCGAUUUCGCCUCACUACGGACAGCAUCUGACCACUGGAUUUCAAGCUCCAACAUUUAGACAGCAGGUUGAUAUCCCCAUGAAUAAGUCUAAGGCCGAUGGCUCUCAAUCGGUAAAUUACAACAAUCAAUCAUCCGGUGCUGAGUGUAAAGAACCAAAAGAAAGGCAUCACCAAGCACCUCAUAAGAACAGUUGUGAAUUAGACAAUAACAGUUUUCCUAUAUACCAAAGUGACAUGACUUAUUCUGUUGCUUCUCAACGUGUUUCGACCAAUAAGAAUGAAGUGGAUAACGUUGACAGCAAUGAAAAAAUAACUUUUGAACCACGAGCAUCGAAUGACCCUCGAAAACAAAAAGAAUAUGCUCAAGGGACUUCAACUGAAAUUAGGUCUGAAAUACAUCCACGCAACCAAGAUCCAAUAUCCAAGAAUGAUGUUGGAGAUCAAGGUACAGAACAUCCUACCUUGAUAUAUCCGAUUGAUAGUACAAAGCUUGAGAAAACCACAGAGCAUGUUCCUUUAGUUACAGAAACACCUUUGAAGCAUGCACAGACUGUUUCGACUCGUCCAGAGUCAUGUCUAAGCCGUAGAAAUUUAAUGGAAACACCCCAGAUGAAAUCACGCCAAGAGUAUCAACAAAAUAAUAUCGAAACACCAGGAAUGAUAUUCUCCCAUUGGUCACGUAACAACUUUUUUCAGACACCUACCAAUAAUCACAAUUCGAAUUUAUCAAAGAAAGAGGAAAUAAGCCACACUUAUAAUCAACACAUGAUGCAAGACAUCAUAUUACAACCCCAUAGAUUUUGCAGCACAGAAAACAGGCUUGUGAGGAAACCCCUGAGCCAAGCCAUGCAUAUAAAUCAACCCGCAACUACAUAUCAAAAUCAAAAUAAUCAUAUCAAAGCACACCAGCAUUUUUUGCAUCAACCCUCUUAUCUGAAUAACAUGUUCGAAAGCCCGUACCAUGUCCAAAGCAAACUAUCUGCAAAAGAAAACUGUCUAACAGAUAGUAAACAGAACUCAAGCAACAAUGUUGCUAAUAAACAUGCGCAAUCUUUGCAAGAAAGUAGUAAUCAGCGGAGUAUAUCUGUACCUUUGAUCAAUAAUGAAAAAUUUAAUUGGCAAAUGAGUUUAGAUCUCACAAAUAGCAUUGCAAGCAGUGCUUCAUUAGCUGCGCCUCUGGCAUCAUGUAAGGAACAGCUAAAUUAUGAAUCUGUUUUAAACAAAGAUGAUAGUUCUAUUCCAAAAUCGAACUGUACUGAAUUUCAAGGUAAUCGAGAUAUGUGUGAAAAGAAGCACAGCCUGAACCGUAAUUCUGAGGAAGAAUUGAUCUUGAAUCAUGAAAGUAAACCUAAAACAGAGGUUCAAACCAAUAAGCGUUCAUCAUCACCUAAACUUGAUGGGAAAAAGAUUGAUUUACCUAUACCGGUAAAUCAGGAUAAGCCAAGAAUAUUACAAGAUGCUAAACCCAAUCCAGAAAAUGUACAAUUUAGCAUUGCUUCUAAAGUACAAAAUAAAAAGUAUGGAAAAAUGAUAAGCGUCAAAGGAAGUGAGUAUCUAGUUUUGGGUAACCUUGGACAAGGUAUGAGUGGAGAAGUUUUGAGGGUGCAAGAUGUAAAAACUGGUGAGUUACGUGCUAUAAAGUGCGUUGACCUUUCCUGCAUCGAUAAAGAAACAGCUCAGGGUUAUUUAGAAGAGGUUUCUUUGUUGGACAAACUCAGAGCGCCGUGCAUUAUCCACAUGUUUAAUUACGAAAUUAAAUCGCACAUGUUGUACGUUGUGAUGGAGAUGGGUGAUACGGAUCUCAACAAAUUAUUGAAGUCGAUGCCGCGCGAAAAACAACUUCCACUUACAAUGAUACUCUACUAUUGGACAGAAAUGUUGACUGCUGUAAAGCAUAUUCAUGAUAAUGGUGUAAUACACUCGGAUUUAAAACCAGCCAAUUUUCUACUAGUGAGGGGGCGUUUAAAGUUGAUAGAUUUUGGAAUUGCAUCCACUAUAAACAGCGAUAUGACUUCUGUCGUGAAAAACACUUCGUUUGGGACGCUCAAUUACAUCAGUCCUGAGGCUAUCAUUGAUGUCGGGGGAAGUGGAGAUUCACCUAAUAAUGACAAUAAAUAUAAGAUAAACUUCAAAUCCGAUGUAUGGUCACUGGGCUGUAUUUUGUACAGUUUGGUGUAUGGGCAGACACCUUUUCAGCAUAUUCGUGCAGAUUGGGCAAAAGUAACCGCAAUAACCAAUCCAAACCAGAAAAUAGCCUUCCCCCCUGCUGAGAGUAUAAGCAAGCGUGGAUAUGCUUCACCUCCACCAUUCCUAGUUGAUGUAAUGAGACAUUGUCUACAGCAUGAUCGACAGGCCAGACCUACGGUGGCCCAACUCUUACAAAUUCCAUAUAUAGGAUGCAAUUGUCCACCUAUCUCCAGUCUACCAAGCAUAUCACCAUCUAUUUUAGCAAAAAUAAAACGAUCCCUUGAAGAAAGCGAAUGGAGGCAAUUGCUAGAGGUUUUGGAAAGACGAAAACCGAUCCAGUGAUUUAAAUUAUGUCUAUAAUAUAGUUGUAUGAUAAUAAAAUCGAUGUAUAUAGCUUUUUCUACGUAAUAUAAUAUAAUCAUUUGAUGUGUAAGGAAAAAACAGAAACAGAAACAUAAACUAA